UUAACAUUUCUUUUCCAUAGGGCGACAUGGCUAAACGCACCAAGAAGGUCGGAACUGUCGGUAAAUACUGGACGCAUUACGGUGCCUCCCUCAGGAAAAUGGUGAAGAAGACUGAAAUAAGCCAGCACGCCAUGUACACUUGCGUCUUCUGUGGCAAAACCAAGAUGAAAAGACAAGCUGUGGGGAUCUGGCAUUGCGGUUCCUGCAUGAAAACCAUAGCGGGUGGUGUCUCUUCCUACAACACCACUUCUGUCACAGUACAGUUAGCCAUCAGAGGACUGGAGGAGUUGAAAGACCAGUAGAAGCGCCACCAUUUA